GAGAGAGAGGGAGGGAGACAGACAGAGAGAGAGAGACAGGCGCUACUCUGUCUCACCCUCAGCAGCUGUCUCACCCACUCUGCGGUCUUGUCCAGCCUAUGGUCUUGUCUGAUGGGGGACAAUGUGGCGGAGGGGACCCGGGUCCUAUAUCACCUGGAGGACCAGGACACCCCCUACCUGACCCGGAUCAACGUGCCCGCGCAGCGCGUCACCCUGGCGGACUUCAAACACGUGCUCAACAAAUCGCACGUGAGGUUUUUCUUCCAGUCCGUGCACGAGGACUUCCGGAUGGUGAAAGAGGAGAUAAGUGAUGAUGAUGCCAGACUGCCAUGUGAGAAUGGAAGAGUUGUCUGCUGGGUGGUGUCCUGCAACACCUGUCAAUCACAUUUCCAGUCUGUGACCACGCCCACCAGCCUGGCCCCACCCCCCUCAGAGAGGAUUGGUGGAUCCAGACCUCUGUCUCUCAGCGCCACAGCUGCCAGCAACGAGUGUCAGGGGUCAGAGGUCAAACGUGUCGCUUCACCGCCAGAGACAAGGGAGAGAGAUGCCGGCCACAGAGGUAGCAGACCAGCUGAUCUGAAGGGGGCGGAGCUAACAGGUGUAUGUGACAGCUCAUCAACUCAACAGAGCAGCGAGUUAGAGAUGACGAGUUCAUCAGAGGACGAUUCAAGAGGAAGCUGUCUCUCAGAGAGGUAUAACUUCCUUGGCGUCAGUAUCGUGGGUCAAAGUAACGACAGAGGAGACGGAGGAAUUUAUAUUGGCUCCAUCAUGAAGGGAGGAGCUGUAGCAGCAGACGGACGCAUCGAGCCUGGAGACAUGUUGCUGCAGGUGAAUGACAUCAACUUUGAAAACUUGUGUAAUGACGAUGCUGUUCGAGUCCUGAGAGACGUCGUCCACAAACCAGGUGCAGUGACGUUGACUGUGGCAAAAUGUUGGGAUCCGAACCCUCGAAGCCGCUUCCCAUUGCCGAGAAGUGAACCUGUCCGACCCAUUGACCCCGCCGCCUGGGUGUCUCACACUGCUGCCAUGACGGGGAAGCUCCUCCCACACUACGGCGUCCAUGAAGAACACCACUUCACCAUCCACAGUGACAUCACAGAUGUUGUCAAGGCGAUGACCAAUCCAGAGUCAGGCCUGGAAGUUCGGGACAGGAUGUGGUUGAAGAUCACGAUCCCCAAUGCGUUUAUUGGGUCGGAAGUGGUCGACUGGCUCCACCACAACGUAGAAGGUUUGACAGACCGUCGCGAAGCCAGGAAGUAUGCAGGAAACCUGCUGAGGGCCGGAUACAUCCGACACACCAUCAACAAGGUCACGUUCUCUGAGCAGUGCUACUAUGUGUUCGGAGACGUCUGCUGUGGUUUGGGUGUGACGUCUCUACUGGAUCAUGUCUCCAGUCCAGGAGGAGGAUCAGUGUGUGACCCUCCGGGUUCUGGACCCCAGUGGCCCCCAACCACCAUCCCUCACCUCUACAGCUGUCCUCAGCCCCCCCAUCAGCUGCCAACCUGUGGGGGAGGAAGUCGUCACAGUAAAGGAAGCUGUGAAUCAAACUGCAGCGAUGGUCUGAAGGAGGGAGGAGUCAGCCAAUCACAGCUUACCAAACACCUCGUAAUGGAGUCUACUGAUGAUGACAGGGCCCGGACACCCCCGUCCUCCAUUUCUGGUCUCCAUAGCAACAAAUACUCAAAGGACUUCCCCCCGGCUUUGUCACCGUCUUCAGAUCAGAGACAAAUCGUUUCCUCAGUCUCAGGUGCCAGACAGUCCCUCCACCUUGCCAUGGGAAACCCCAGUGAUUUUUUUGUGGAUGUAAUGUGA